AUGAAGCUUUCCAUUGCUAUUCUUUUCGCACUCCUCGGUCUCGUCGCUGUGGCCUCAGCGCAAGACGUCGACUGUAUCUGCCCCGCAAUCUACAGCCCGGUCUGCGUUGGCGAUUUGAAGUUUGCGAGCGAGUGCAUGGCCCGAUGUGCCGGCCACACUGACGCGUCCCUGUUCACCGAGUGCCCUGCUGAGGUGGAUUGCAGCAACGUCCGCUGCGCCAUUCGCCUGCCCGAACUGCCCACCGACAUCGACUGCCCGACUGAAACUCACUCCUGGCAACCCGCUGCCUCGGAGGGCAAGUGCUGCAACGACCACUGGGAAUGCCAGCCCAAGCCCGCCGACGAGGAGCCCAAGCUUCAAGGCUGCCUGAUGCCCGGCGCCUCGUGCGGCCCGACCCAGCAUUGCGUUGAGCUCGAUUCUGCCUGCGACGGCGAAAGCUGCCCCCGCAUUGGCGAGUGCCGUGAGCGCGAGCUUGACUGCACUGCCGUCUUGUGCGCCAUGCGUCUGCCUGAUAUGCCCACCGACCUUGUGUGCCCCGAGACCCAUUCCCUGCAGCCCGCUGCCUCGGAGGGCAAGUGCUGCAACGACCACUGGGAGUGCCAGCCCAAGCCUGUUGAUGAGGAGCCCGAGCUGCAAGGCUGCUUGAUGCCCGGCGCUUCCUGCGGCCCGACCCAGCACUGCGUUGAGCUCGAUUCUGCCUGCGACGGCGAAAGCUGCCCCCGCAUUGGCGAGUGCCGUGAGCGCGAGCUUGAUUGCACCGCUGUUCUCUGCGCCAUGCGCCUGCCCGAGAUGCCCACCGACAUCGACUGCCCUGAGACUCAUUCCCUGCAGCCCGCUGCCUCGGAAGGCAAGUGCUGCAACGACCACUGGGAGUGCCAGCCCAAGCCUGUUGAUGAGGAGCCCAAACUACAAGGCUGCUUGAUGCCCGGCGCCUCGUGCGGUCCUAAACAGCAUUGCGUUGAACUCGACUCUGCCUGCGACGGCGAAAGCUGCCCCCGCAUUGGCCAGUGCGUUGACCGCGAGAUUGCCUGCGCCACUGUUCUCUGCGCCAUGCGUCUGCCCGACCUGCCCGCCGACCUUGUGUGCCCCGAGACCCAUUCGCUGCAGCCCGCUCCCUCUGCAGGCCAGUGCUGCAACGACCAUUGGGAAUGCCUGCCCAAGAACGACGACGACGAAGACGACGACGACGAAGUGCACAAGCCGCGCGGUUGCUUGAUGCCUGGCGCCUCGUGCGGCCCGACCCAGCACUGCGUCGAGCUGCUUGGCUCGUGCGCGAACGGCAAGUGCUCUCGCGUUGGCGUGUGCCGUGACCGCCCCACUUCCGGCAACUGCGCUGCCUCCGCCGGCGCUUCCCAGUGCCCCGCCGGCUCGUGGUGCGCCUUCUCCAACCCUACCGAAGGUUUCUGCGCUCAGCCGACCAUGAUGCCCUACCCGCACCCCAUGUGCCAGACGGUCUCGUGCCGCGUUCUUCGUCUGUCGUGGAACCACGGCGAUGUCUCGGACGCCAUCGCCUCCACUGCCUGCCAAGCCUUGAGCCACCGUGCCGCCCGCCACCACAAGUCUCGCCACGUCACUUUCGGCUGCCGCUUUGAGGUGACUGCCGCCGGUGACGAGCCUGCUGACGCCUUUUUGCUCGUCGCCCUCGACGGCUCCCGCCACGACACUGAGCACACUGCCGAGCACCUCAUCAAGGCCAUUCGCAAGAACAAGUUCCGCAACGACGCCAUCUUCCAGAGCGUCUCGAGCGCCGAGGUCAUUGCCACCCCUGAGGGCGACGAUGAUCACGAUGACGAUGACGACCACGACGACGACGACUUUGGCUAUCUCAGCCAGCACACUCGCCGCAUCCUCCGCUAUGUUGGUAUUGGCCUUGGCGCCGCCAUCGCCCUCGGCACGCUGAUUUGCGUCAUUGUUUCGUUCUGCCGCCGCAGGAAGUGCUGCCAGGCCACCGCCUCUGGUGCCCAGCCCCGCUGCUUCUUUGCUCGCUUUGCCCGCCACGCCGGCUUCCAUCGCCUGCAGGACGAGCACUCUUCCGACGGCAAGGUGGCUGUCAAGUACCUGUCCGGCACUGCCUCGAGUGGCUCGUUCGCUGCCGUUCCCUUCGCUGACAAGAAGUCUGCCGAGGCCUCUGGUACUUACAAGCCGCUCGAGUCUGUUGUCUUUACCAUGCCGGCGACCAAGCAGUCGUCUGACAUUUGA